GUUGAAUCAGUUUCUGGACCACAGGUUCUAGAACAGCUUCUAUCCCAGUUCUAUCUGUCUGUUAAAUCAGUUUCUGGACCACAGGUUCUAGAACAGCUUCUAUCCCAGUUCUAUCUGCCUGUUAAAUCAUCAACCUAAACUGUUUCCAUCAGACUAUUAGAACUUGACUGAACCUUUUGGUUCCUUUUCUGAUCUUUUACCACUUUGCAUUUUUAUGAUAUAUUUUACUGUUUGUGUUUGUACCACAGGAGGUUGGUGGGACCUUAAUUGGGGAGGACAGGCUUGUAAUGGCUGGAGGGGAAUAAGUAGAACGGUAUCAAACACGUGGUUUCCAUGUGUUCCAUUUCAUUCACUCUGUUCCAGACAUUAUUAUGAGCCGUCCUCCCCUCACCAGCCUCCACUGGUAUGUACUGUCCUAUAUGUGAGAGAGAUCCAACAAGGAAUUACAAUGUAUGUAUUACUUUUAAUACCUGCAAAUGGCAAAUAAACUACUAGAAGUCCUUAUGAAUGUCUGCAGCCGACUAGACUGUUGGCGUCUGACAAGAGGUGAAAAUAUUACAGGAAUAUUCUGCAAAUGUUGAUGAAGACGUCACUCAAUCCCCCCAAAACAACAUGCAGUCUUUCCACAAGACUCCCAUGAAGUUAUAGUGUGACGUUAUGAGGUGACGUUAAAGUAACAUUCUCAGAACAUACUGCACUUGUUUUAUACUGUUUUAGAUGGAUCCUCUGUUUAUCAUCUUGUUUUAUACUGUUUUAGAUGGAUCCUCUGUUUAUCAUCUUGUUUUAUACUGUUUUAGAUGGAUCCUCUGUUUAUCAUCUUGUUUUAUACUGUUUUAGAUGGAUCCUCUGUUUAUCAUCUUGUUUUAUACUGUUUUAGAUGGAUCCUCUGUUUAUCAUCUUGUUUUAUACUGUUUUAGAUGGAUCCUCUGUUUAUCAUCUUGUUUUAGAUGGAUCCUCUGUUUAUCAUCUUGUUUUAUACUGUUUUAGAUGGAUCCUCUGUUUAUCAUCUUGACCCAAAAUAAAAUGUAACAUUUGA